GUCGGAAGCGUAUCCGGGUCCGGUGUUGUCAGGCACUCGCCUGUUCCCAACAUGCUGGGUAAAGAACCUUUCUGUUGAUGUGACAUCUCAUCCGACUAUCUGUCAAUACAUAGAGGCAGACAGCCUCAAGACAGCUGAGAUAUUACAACGAUGGCGACCGAGGACACAGUAUCGAUCGUUGGCAGUGUCAUAGAACACAUGAUGGAACUCAACGCGGCGACGACCGCUCUGGUGACAACCACGGUCGUACUGAGUGCUGUUAUGGCAAUGAGAGCUUUAAUCGAAAAGAAACAGGAGAACCUACCACCACAUAUACCUUCAGUAAUACCAUUCCUGGGUCAAGCCAUCAGCUUCGGACAAAGUCCUAUAGAGUUUCUUGUAGCAGCCUACAAACAAUAUGGGCCUGUGUUUAGCUUCACCAUGGUGGGAAAGACCUUCACAUACCUCAUCGGCUCCGAGUCGUCAGCACUGUUCUUCAACAGCCGCAAUGAAAACCUCAAUGCCGAGGAAGUUUACAGUCGACUGACAACGCCAGUGUUUGGGAAAGGUGUUGCCUAUGAUUGUUCUAAUGCUAGGUUUCUGGAACAGAAGAAAAUGUUUAAGACUGGACUGAAUAUUGCAAGGUUCAGGGAACACAUUCCCAUGAUUGAAGAAGAGACGAUCAAGUAUUUUGAGAGAUGGGGAGACAAGGGCGAGCGUGAUUUUUUCAUGGCUCUGUCCGAGUUGAUCAUAUUGACUGCAAGCAGGUGCCUCCAUGGUGAGGAGAUCCGGUCUAUCCUGGAUGAGAAGGUGGCCCAGCUGUACUGGGACCUGGACGGAGGGUUCUCGCAUCUCGCCUGGCUUCUCCCUGGAUGGUUGCCAUUCCCCAGUUUCAGGAAACGGGACCGAGCACACAUGGAGGUGAAGAAGAUGUUCUACAAGGUGAUCCAGGCCCGGCGCCAGUCCGAAGAGACGCACGACGACAUGCUGCAGACUCUCAUUGACUCCCCAUACAAAGACGGCAGCUAUCCGACGGAUGACGAGGUUGCUGGGAUGUGCAUCGGGCUUCUUCUGGCCGGGCAGCACACGUCCUCCACCACCACCGCCUGGCUCAGCUUCUUUCUAGCUAAAGACAAACAACUGCAGAAUCGAGUUUAUGAGGAGCAGAAGAAGGUAUGUGGUGAUGAUUUACCUCCCCUGACUUACGAAGACACGAAGGACCUGCAGCUGAUGGACCGAUGUCUGAAGGAAACGCUCCGACUCCGACCACCCAUUAUGACCAUGAUGAGGAUGUGCAAAUCACCGCAGAACAUCCUUGGUUAUACAAUACCACCGGGCCACCAGAUCUGUGUCUCCCCGACGACCAACCACAAGCUCCCCGAUACCUGGACAGACUUUGCCGCCUAUGACCCAGAUAGAUUCCUGGACCCAGAUGUGGCUAACAGUGAGAAGUUUGCCUAUAUUCCCUUUGGUGCCGGCCGGCACCGAUGUAUCGGAGAAUCCUUCGCCUAUGUCCAGAUCAAGACAAUCCUAUCCACCGUUUUACGCAAAUAUGAACUUGACCUCGUGGAUGGCUACUUCCCCGAGGUGGACUUCUCCACAAUGAUCCACACACCCAAGAACCCCGUCAUCAGAUACAAGCUGAGGACAACAUAAGUGUGUGCCUGAUCAUCGUGAUAUUGUCAUGUGUGUCUGUGAUCAUAUCGGAACUUCUAGACGGCAGUGUGUUGACAUGUGGGUCCAGUGUGAUCUGGUGGAACAUCCUGGUGAUGAAGCAGUGUUAGAAAUUGGCACAAGUCCUGUAAUCCUUGCCACAAUGCCCAAUAGUUAAAGUAUCAUAAGGAAAAGUAGACGUUUGCCAUUAUUAAGGAUUUUGCUAUAUGUUAUCAUUGAUAUGACUAGUGAACUAAAAAGUUUUAUGGUUGUGAAGUCAGUGUUUGGUCUGGAAGUGCACAGAAUAUGUAAUUAUAUUUAUGUAUCAGGUACUGUUAGAUCCUUGAGUGGUGUUUGCAGGGUCAGAAAUUGGCACUAGUCCUGUAGUCCUUGCCAAACUGCCUAAUAGUUAAGAUAUCAUAAGGACUAUAUGCCAUUUUCAAGUGUUUUGCUAUUUGUUAUCAUUAUAAAGAUUAGUGGAUUAAAAAUGUUAGUUUCUUUCGUUGGUUUGGAAGUUGCAUCUGUGACUUAUGACAAGAUAUUGUCUUGUGGUGUUAAACAAACAUGAAGAUGACAAGUAUUGGGGGGGUUACUGCCAUCUAGUCACUCACCUAAACCUCAAUAACUUUUAGAACUGUUUGUGACUUCGGUGAAAUUUUGUCCAUCGGAUAUUAUUCAUGUUGAAUUGAAUUAUUGAACACAGUACUGUUACUUUGUGUACAGGGUAGAUACUAUAUAGAAAUGGAAGAUUUGCAUGUGGAAAUGGUCGUCUAUCCCAGGAAACAAGAAUGAGACCCAUGAAGAUCCGGGGUAGAAUAGGUCUUCAGCAACCAAUUCUUGCCGUAAAAGGCAAAGCAGGGGCUAAUGGGAUCGCUGACUUGGUUGAUGCAUGUCAUUGUAUUCCAAUUGUGUGGG